UCAAGAAAUUAAAUAUAACCUCAAAAUUCCGUCACCUUUUUACAAAAAUAUGAUGUUAAAAGUUUAUUUAUUAUCCGAUAGCUAACGUUUAUAAUAUUUUCUAUUGCAGUAUGCCUGAAUUUACACCAGAAGAACUAGCCCUACCUCCCCAAAAGUAUGAGUACUUGGACCACACAGCUGAUGUACAGCUUCACAGUUGGGGCAACAGUCUGAUAGAAGCCUUCGAACAAUGUGGAAUUGCAAUGUUCGGCUACAUGACAGAGCUUGAAAGUGUUGAAAUAAAACAGUGUUCGGAAAUUGAAGCCACCGGCCACGAUUUGGAAAGUCUUCUGUUUCAUUUUCUUGAUGAACUUUUAUUUCUGUUUAGUUGUGAACCUUUUCUAAUUUGUAGUAAAUUAGUAAUAACUGAAUUCAUGACUGAAGGUGAGGAAAUGCACAUAAAAUGCAAAUGUUACGGUGAAGAAUUCACAAUAGGGAAACAUCCACAGGGCACGGAGGUAAAAGCUAUUACUUACUCUGCUAUGCAAAUUGUUAACGAACCUGAACAGAACAACUUUGAGUUGUUUGUUAUUAUUGACAUAUAAUUACGUUUAAGUUAUAAUUACUCUAUGCCUUAAGUAUUCACUUUUAUACCAUGUGGUUGAAAUAAAAAUGACGUCAUGUUACCAUCAAGUGUUUACCAUAAAAUGACAUCUCUAUUAUCCUUUCUAAGAUAACUUGGCAUCUUUUUUUUUCAAUCAUAUUACCUACC